UUCUUUUCUCAUUUUGAGCAGAAGAUCAACCAGAAUCAGAGACUUCAAAAUGCCAAAGGUUGAUAUAAAAGUGAUAACAGACGUUGCUCUGUUCAUCGGAGCGUCUAUCUCUGCCUAUUAUAUGAUGUCAGUGCUUCUGUCACAAGAUGGGCCUUCGGCAAAGUCCAGCGAGACAAAGAAGAAGGCCAAUGAAUCACUGCAACGGUUGAAGAUGCUGAACCCUGCUUUGAAGCUGGAGCUGAACGACUAUGAGAACGCAGUGCUGGCCAGUGUGGUUACACCUUUCGAGAUUGACGUGAAGUUUGAAGAUAUCGGUGGUUUGGAGCCUAUUAUCGAUGAGCUCAGAGAGAGCGUGCUGUAUCCAUUAACUCUACCAGAGCUGUUCACACAGUCGUCGUUAUUACAGGCGCCAAAGGGUGUAUUGCUCUAUGGGCCUCCAGGGUGUGGUAAGACCAUGAUAGCCAAAGCACUUGCAAAGGAAUCCGGGGCAAAUUUCAUCUCCAUUAGAAUGUCCCAGGUGAUGGAUAAAUGGUACGGUGAGAGUAAUAAGAUGGUUGAUGCCAUCUUCUCCCUCGCACAGAAAUUGCAACCGUGUAUCAUCUUCAUUGAUGAGAUUGACUCUUUCCUGAGAGAACGUCAAUCCAUGGAUCACGAAGUCACCGCGAUGCUCAAGGCAGAGUUCAUGACUCUCUGGGAUGGGCUCACCUCGUCGGGGAGAAUCCUCGUGCUAGGUGCCACUAACAGACCAAACGAUAUCGACUCUGCAUUCCUGAGACGUAUGCCAAAGAGAUUUGCCGUUGAAUUACCAAAACCUGAACAGAGAGAACGCAUUCUCAAACUGUUGCUGAACGAUACCAAGCUCUCGCGUGACUUCGAUCUAGGCGAAGUUGUCAGCUGUACGCGUGGGUUCAGUGGAUCAGAUCUGAAAGAGGCAUGUCGUGAAGCUGCUAUGAAUGCGAUGAGGGAGUACAUUAGAUCAAACUUCAAAGACGGUAUCAGAUUAAGCGACGACGAGGUUAGAGUGAGACCUUUGAAGACAACUGAUUUUGCAUGUGUUCGUGACACUAUCAAGCCGGUUAGUGUCGACUGAUUUGCUCUAAUAGUAUACGUAUGUGUAUGUCAUUGAAUGUAUAUAUUGAC